AUGUCUCUUUCCAACAAGCUCGCCAUCACUGACGUUGACCUCAAGGGCAAGCGUGUCCUGAUCCGGGUUGACUUCAACGUCCCUCUCAACGCUGAGAAGCAAAUCACCAACAACCAGCGUAUCGUUGGUGCCCUCCCCACCAUCAAAUAUGCCGUUGAGCACGGUGCCAAGGCCGUCAUUCUGAUGUCCCACUUGGGCCGUCCCGACGGCAAGCGCAAUGAGAAGUACUCUCUUAAGCCCGUUGUCCCCGAGCUCGAGAAGCUGCUCGGCCGCAGUGUCAUCUUCACCAAUGACUCCGUGGGCAAGGAGGUCGAGGAGACCGUCAACAAGGCCACUGGUGGCCAGAUCAUUCUCCUUGAGAACUUGCGAUUCCACAUUGAGGAGGAAGGCUCCGCCAAGGAUGCUGAGGGCAAGAAGCACAAGGCUGACCCCACCGCCGUUACUGAGUUCCGCAAGGGCCUCACCGCUCUUGGUGAUGUCUACAUCAACGACGCUUUCGGCACUGCUCACCGUGCCCACAGCUCCAUGGUCGGUGUCGACCUUCCCCAGAAGGCCUCCGGCUUCCUCGUGAAGAAGGAGCUCGACUACUUUGCCCAGGCUCUUGAGAACCCCAAGCGACCCUUCCUUGCCAUCCUCGGUGGUGCCAAGGUCUCCGACAAGAUCCAGCUCAUUGACAACCUUAUCUCCAAGGUUGACAAGCUCAUCAUUUGCGGUGGUAUGGCUUUCACCUUCAAGAAGACUCUCCAGGGCAUGCCCAUUGGUGAGUCGCUCUUCGACGAGGCCGGCAGCAAGACUGCCAAGGACCUCGUCGAGAAGGCCAAGGCCAAGGGUGUCGAGAUUGUUCUCCCCGUCGACUUCACCACCGCCGACAAGUUCGCUGCUGAUGCCAAGACCGGCUACGCCACCGACGAGCAGGGUAUCCCUGACGGCUGGAUGGGUCUUGACUGCGGACCCAAGUCCUCUGAGCUCUUUAAGAAGACCAUUGAUGAGUCUGCCACCAUCCUCUGGAACGGUCCCGCUGGUGUCUUCGAGUUUGAGGCCUUCUCCAAGGGUACUCGCGCCACCAUGGACGCUGCCGUCGCUGCCGCCCAGAACGGAAAGAUUGUGAUCAUUGGCGGUGGUGACACUGCUACCGUUGCCGCCAAGUACGGCGUUGAGAGCAAGCUCUCUCACGUCUCCACUGGUGGUGGAGCUUCCCUUGAGCUUCUUGAGGGCAAGGCUCUCCCUGGUGUCGUUGCUCUCUCGAGCAAAUAA